AUGGACAUGCGAAAUGACGUCAUUACCUCACUGGUGGCCAUCAGUUGUGCCACAAUAGGCUAUUAUUACUGGCCUUAUGCGGACCCUGUCGGUGCCAUCGUUGUUUGCGGACUCAUCGCGAUUUCAUGGUUCCAAAAUGCACUGGAAUAUGUGCCGAUACUCGUUGGUGUUCGUGGUGAAAGAGAUCAUCUGAGCCGAAUCAUCAAAAUC